AUGGCGGCGGUGGUGUUUGUUUCUAUAUCAAAUCUAGCAUCAAUUUUUUCUGUUCGAAACGAUCUUAACAUAGCCGAUCUCCAAAACGUAUGUAUCGAAGUUCGAAAACCCCAAUCCAAGCUUCUUAUUGUUGUCAAUUGGUAUCGGCCACCAAAUUCCCCUGUUAGAUUGUAUUCACACCUUGAGAACCUUAUCGGAAAACUAGAUUUAACAAAUUUCGAUUUUUUCCUGUUGGGUGACAUGAAUGCAGAUAUGGCCACUACCACUGAAUCUGACAACGAUGCUCGUCAAUUAAAUAAUAUCGCUGAUAUUUAUGGUCUCCAUCAACUAAUUAAUGAGCCAAUCCGUAUUACCCGAUAAAUCGUCUUCUCUCAUUGACCUAAUUUAUACUAAUUCUCCUUAGAGGGUUGUUUGCUCCGGGGUGGCCCAUGUCGGCAUAAGCGAUCAUAGUCUUGUUUAUGUGUACCGCAAGUUAUCUUUUGAUCUUCCCAAGGGACAUACUUCUAUUAAGAAAUGGUAAACGUGCAGCGUGCAACCAUGGAGUUAUGGAUGCACGCGGGAGGUUGCUAAGCACGAAAGAAGCGUAAGAGUCGCACGAGGCGAUAGCCGAGUGCGACUCUAGCUUCUUGAGUGCUUAGCAAACCUCCCAAGUGCAUCCAUAACUCCAUGGUUGCACAGCUGCAACGUUUACCAUUUCUUUUAUAACAUAAUCAAAAGAGAAAAACAUUAUUUUCCAUUUGCCUUCGGUUGAGUCCGGUCGGUACGAGUUCAAGUAUGCUGCCACCUGCCCGCGCGUCAACAAAUCUUGUCUAUGUUUUUCAAAAACUUGCCUUUGAGUUUUUCUUUCGCUGAAUCAACCGAUCUCUGUCUUCAGGUAAAUUGUAAAACGUUUUUCGUUGUUAUUCUGAAUGGCAUCUGUCUACUUGCUCUUAAUAUUAGGGUGAAAACUUUGAGGGAAAACUAUAGCUGCAACUAUAAACACCAACUAAAAAGACUCUAAAAAACAAGCUAAAACUAAAUAAAUGAAAUAAUUAUCAAGCUUAUUUUAUGUGACAAUUUUUGAAAUAUACGUAAAGUAGAAAUGAGAAAAUUUGAAGGUAAUUCCUUUAGAAUAACAGGUAACACUAAUUUUAAAAAGAAAUUAACUAGCUUUGUAUCGAAAUCUGCCUGGGGAAAUCCAGCUAUGAAAGUCAAAGUUAAAACUGAAAUUCGCCGACACACAGCCGGCGCUGAAGCUGUUGUUUUUCGAUCAAUCUCUGAACGACUGUUACGAAUGAACACUGAGGAACAAAAUAAUACACACAGAAGUCAUUUUUUUAAAAAUUUAUUUGAAAACCCAAAUGUUUCUGUACUCAAAUGAAAUUCGCUUAUUCCAGCGUAAUGUGCCCGUUUAAACUCAACUAAAACUUUUAAUAGAUGCGAUGAAAACUUCCCAACAAAGCUGUCUCGAAUUUGAGCGUGUUUCCUGAAAUAUUUGCUUGGAUUUAGCAUCAGCUUGACCAAAAAGUCAAUAAAACAAUGCUAAUUGAUGAAUUUACAUUUCAAAGAGACUUUCUCUUCUAUAAAAAACAUACAAAAUGUACCUUCAAUCUUCGCUGGCUCGAUUUUCCUUUGAACAGCCGAUUCUAGCCGCGAGGAAAACAGUGAUUAAUUCAUCCAGGGCAAAUUUGUCGCUUGAUCUUUUGUCUUUUUUCCUUCAAAACGACAGCUUAGUGUUUUCUUCAACUUCCACUUUUCAUCUGUGCAUUUUAUCGGUGUAUUUUACGGUCAGGAGAGGAGAUUUGUUGAAUUUGCCUGAAUUUUACCGCGCUAGCUAAGUUUCUUGGCGUGCACCCACGGGCAAAUGGUAGUGGCUAACUGACCAAUCAGAGCGCGCGAUUUACUUUUGUUAUGUUAUAAUGACUUAUGGCAGUUUUAAACACUUUAAACGCUCCGUCUUUCGCACUGAUAUUUCCAACCACAAUUGGGAUUUCCUAAGUUCUUCAAAAGACCCGAAUGAGCUUUGGUCCGAGUGGAAAUCAAAUUUCCUGGCAAUUGCUGAUAAAAACGUCCCAGUACGUACUAAGCGUGUGCGUUCCCAAAAGUCACCUUGGAUUACAGCCGAUUCAAAAAAACUCAUGCAUGGCAGAGAUAUUAUGAAAAUAAAAGCUAUUAACUCCAAUGAUCCGCACGAUUGGGCAUUUACGCCGCAAAAUGUAAUAUCAACGCAAAAUGUAAUAAGAGUCGCCGCAAAAUGUAAUACUAACGCAAGAUGUAAUAACAUUGACGCAAAAUGUAAUAAAAUUUUCAACGCAGAAUGUAAUAAUCUUUCAACGCAAAUUGUAAUAACUUUUCUAACGCAUAAUGUAAUAACGCAAAAUGUAAUAAUUUCCGAAUAACGACGUUCAUGCUAUUUCAAAAUCGGUAUUGUUGCUCAGUCAUCGGUAGUAGCGAAUUCAGGUCUUCAAUUAAAUUAUAACCUAUUAUUAUUGAUAUUAAUAUUAAUAUUAAUAUUAUUAAUGAUAUUAAUAUUACUAUUAAUAUUAAUUAUUAUUAUUAUUAUUUUUAUUAUUAUUAUUGCUAAUAUUACAAUGAAACAGUUGAAAUGAGGAGAUGUAAUCAUCUUUUAGGGAACCGAAUAGGACGUUUGUUUCCGCUGAUUUGAACGUAAUACAGGUCCCAAUACAGUGCCCACCUAGCCGUCCUAAGUCAACAUUUCGCCCUAAGUGAGAAAUAAGUGUUAAUGAUGGCUUAGAGGAGGGGUAUGUAGACAGUUUCCCAUAAUUAUCCAAAAAUUCUAACCCAAACCAAAUUACCCAUACACCCUCCCCCCUCAAGUGGUCAAAAAUGGUCGGCCCUAAAACUGACGAAAUUGCGCACUUUUUAUGGAUCUCCCAGUUCAAGAUUUAGUACCGUCAACUCUAGGCCAAUGGCGAUUGCGUUGCAGAGCAAAUUCAAGGUUUCGUUUAGCGUCGAAUGCGUUUCCUGAUAUUGAGUCGGUCGGUCGAAUUAAAAAAAAAAAAACAACCUAAAAAACAAAAUCACAAGAAGUCUGGGAAUAGGAGGCCCUGGUACCCCAAGACGACGUUAAAAGUUAACAUUGACAUAUUUGGAUUAACAAAAUACACGAUAUACUGUAAAAAAUGUUUAUGUCUUUGUUCCUGUUUUUCUCUAUGCUGUUACUAUGCUCAUUUUUCAGAUUAAAAGAAUUAUUUCAAGUGAAAAAUGGAUUAAAAAAAAAUGCGUUACUGGGCCAACUAAAAAAAUUUUGCGCAAUCUGUUCUAGGAAAACGACAACUACCUUACAAGGCAAACUAAUUUGACUUUGCAAAGCUUGGAAACUUCACCAUAAAAGAAACUUGGACCUAAAAAACAGCAUUAAGAACAAUUAAGCCUCUAUUAAGUGAAAACUUAGGAAAAGUAAGCUACAGCCAAAGUUGUCUGGUUCUCAUGAAAAAAAGUGUGACAGAUAUCUUAUAUUUUAAUUAUAUAAAUGCAUUUGAGUUAUGCUUUGAAACUUGAUUCUAUUACUUGUUUUCGACAACAGCUAUUUUAUUUGACUGAAUUAAAUUAAACACCUGAUAUUAAACCAAGUCUCUCAGUUGCUACAGUUGUGGUACAGUGCAGCAAGCUCUUGCAGCCAUGUUUGUCUCGUCACGCAACGCUCCUCCUCCUUUGUUGGGGAAGAGUGUUGCGUGACGAGACAAAACACGGCUGCGAGGGAAACUAGCUCAGUACGGAAGUAACACGACGUUUCAACCGUUAUUUCAUUAAUAAUAAUAAUAAUAAAAAGAAGAAGAAGAAGAAAAUAAAUAUUAUUACUAUUUAUAUCAAUAUUGAUAAUAAUAAUAAUAAUAAUAAUAAUAAUAAUUCACAUGAAGAUCUGGAUCAGCUACUGAUUACUGAGCCACAAUAACGAUUUUGAAAUAGCGUGCACGUCGUUAUUUCGGAAAUUAUUACAUUUUGCGUUGUUACAUUAUGCGUUAGAAAAGUUAUUACAAUUUGCGUUGAAAGAUUAUUACAUCUUGCGUUGAAAAUUUUAUUACAUUUUGCGUCAAUGUUGUUACAUUUUGCGUUAGUACUACAUUUUGCGGCGAUUCUUAUUACAUUUUGCGUUAAUAUUACAUUUUGCGGCGUAACAGGCAUGCUUAUCCUUGAUUGUGCUGAUUUGAUUGCACCUCAUAUUUCAAUUAUAUUUAAUAGUUCCUUAGCUAAUGGUAUAUUUCCUGACGAUUGGAAGUCCGCGAGGGUUACUCCUCCAUUUAAGCAUGGGAAAGAAGCGAUAUAGACAAUUAUCGUCCAAUUUCAGUUAUCUCCAUAAUUGGCAAAGUAUUUCAAAGGAUUAUCUAUAAUCAACUCUUUGCCUUUUUAUCGGAUCAUAAUAUUUUGUCUAAGCACCAAUCUGGGUUCCGCCCGCUUCAUUCAACAGUUACAGCCUUGUUGGAGGCAACCGAUAGUUAGGCCUAUAAUCUUGAUAUAGGUAAUGUUAGCGCUGUUGUUUUCCUUGACCUUAAGAAAGCGUUUGACAUAGUCGACCACCACAUUCUAUUGUCUAAAUUACAUCUCUAUGGUCUAACAGGUGUUUCCCAUAAAUUGUUCUCCUAUUUAGAUAAUCGUACUCAGAAAUGCGUUGUCAAUGGUUCCCUUUCAGAAUGUUGCACCCUCAAGUGUGGUAUUCGCCAGGGAAUAAUAUUGGGGCUUUUAUUGUUUUUGCUAUAUAUCAAUGAUUUGCCCAAUUGUCUGUCUCACUCUGUGCCAAGAAUGUAUGCUGAUGAUACCCAUCUGGGUUAUUCGAAUGGUAAUAUCCACUCCGUUCAGUCUUCUCUGAACGAGGACUUGCUCAACAUAAAUCGCAGGCUUAUCGCAAAUAAAUUAACGCCAAAUAAAAAGCUGAGUUUAUAUUAAUCGGCUCUAGGCAAAAGCUUAAUAAUCUACCUUCUCUGCCUUCCUUGAAUAUAAAUAUUAAACAUUCUCAUUGCUCUAAGUCUCUUGGCAUACGUACUGACGAAAAUCGAACAUGGGAAAACCAUGUUGACGCUUUAUCUAAGAAAAUUGCAUCCGGUAUUGGAGCUAUAAACUCAGAUAAACUGCAUCAAUCAUUGUUUACCCCCACCGCCUUGCAUGAUGUAUAUUAUGGCCUUGUCCCAACGCACUUUGACUAUUGCAGCGUGGUAUGGGGUAACUGUGCUAAAACUUUGCGUGAUAAAUUGCAGUGACUCCAGAACCGUGCGGCACGCGUUCUCACAAACUCCAAUUAUGAUGCAGAUCGAGUAUACUUUUAAAUGACUUGGGGUGGCAAAACCUUGAAACUCAGCGGCAAGUUCAAAAGGCUGUGAUGGCUUAUAAAUCUUUGAAUUGCCUUGCACCUGAUCACACGUCUUCAUAAUUCAUACUACGCGGCGAUUUAUUUAAUUCUUAUAACCUUAGAGAUUCUGUAAGCAAGCUUGCUGUUCCCUUGCCACGAACCAAUUACUAUAGAAAUAGCUUCUGCUACAGCGGUGCCGUUCUGUGGAACAAUUUGCCGACUGAUGUAAGACAAGGAAAAUCUUUGACUGGCUUUCGGAAACUGUUAACUUCUAGCUUGAACACGGCAUUCACGGAAAACAGGCUUUAAUUUUAUAAAUUAAUUUUAUUUAUUUAUUUAUUUUAACAUUGAUCUUUGUAAAUGCUAUUACCGUUAAUUUUAUAGUUUGUAAACAUUUUUAGGAUAUUGUAUAUUGUAUAUUUAGCCUGAUUGUUUUUACCAUGUAUAAAUAAAAGUAAUGAUGAUGAUGAUGAAGAAAAAGCAAGAGGGGGUGGGGGCUCAUGUCAUAGUUGACUGAUACCGAGCUAACACAGGCUGGAGGAAAGUUGCUGACGUAUUGAGCACAUGAUCCAGAAUAUCGAAGAGCGCUUUGCUUACUUUGAACUUGACAUGGAAUAAGAUGCAAUGCGCAAACCAUUGAACACUUUGCUAUUUCCUAGUAUAUUGGUGUAUCUAUCACGGGAAGGUGUCUAUUAGACAGGGGGCCUUAAAUGAGAGGAGGAGGGGGGGGAGUCCAUUGGAAACCCUUUGGAGUUUUGAUCUUUGACUUCUUUCGAUCAUCCACGGGCUCCGUGAAAAGGAUAAGCUCGUGGGAUAGAUAUGACGAACGGAGAGCAAAAGAGAACAAAGCUAAGAGGGUUUUAUAAAAAUUUCAUUGAUUUUGUUCGCCAAUAAAAAUGUUAAAUUUGGUCUAGAGAAAGUACACGGACCUUUCUCUUAGUACUUAAAUCCUUCAUCAUUCAACAACGAGCUUUAUUUGCAUGACCAUACAAGCACAUGCAGUAUUGCAAAAGCUAUUUUUAGGGAUCAAAAUUACAACACAGGGCAAUUACGUUACUUUGAUAAUAAUUUGUCACGAACAUCAAAACAAGCUGAAAUGUAUUUUAUGAAUUGUAUAUUGAUAACGUAUUUAGAACAGUUCAUUAGUUCAUUGAUCAAACCGUUUAUAGGUAACUAGGUAAUAUUUGGAAUCAGAGUCUUGACUUCAUAGUAAAAUUUAUUCGUUAUCAUACAUUCCUAGAUCGAGUUAUGGUGAGAUGACUCAUCAUUUUAAUUUGUACCUGACCGGCUCUGGACGAAACCCUAUCAUAAUGGCGUAGCGUGCGAACCCCCCCCCCCCGGGGGUAGUCUGCCAUACAGCCGUUUUCAGUGUCGUCACGCAACGCUCCCUCAAGGGAGGAACGAUGCGUGACGACACUAAAAACACAUUUGACCACCCCCCCUCAAACACAUUUCGGGGGCGGGGGGCGGCGGUGAGUUUAAUAGAGAUGGAGGGCCUAUUUAAUUUGGCAGAAUGAUGGUAUUCGAUCACCUUAAAGAACUAGAAUGCAAAGUGGAAAAAAGCCCAUUAAAACAAGUUCGAGGUCAUACAGGAGAGGAUCAAAAACAAAUCUGAACUUCCAGCCGGUGAAUAAACCAUCCUGGAUCAGUCCACAUGUAGUUUUAUAGUUGCGAUUGAUUAACAUAGUCUAUCAUUUAUUAGUGAAUAAUAAUCAUAAUAUUAAGGGGGAGGGAGGGGGUCUUAUUAAUUUUCUUCCCCUGAAAAGGGAGGGCUCAUUAGAGAGGGGGGACUUAAUAGAGGAUUUGUGGUGUAAAAAAACGAAACGAAACAAACAAAUAAACAAACAAAUUGCCUAAGUUCAUUUAGCUCUGUUAGCUCAUUUGAAUUAUUUUUCUUUAACAACAGCACGUUGUUUGCUUUCUUAAACAAUGAACUCUUUCUUUCUACUCCUGAAAGUAGGUUUUGAUUUGAAUCUUGAAUGUUGUUAAGAUGCUCAGUUUCCCCUACCUACAAUAGCCUGCAAGCAGCUCACUAAUAUAUACAUACAUACAUACGUUUUAUUGAGUCUCCCUUUACAGGGCUUUUCACUUGUGCGAGCUCGGGAAACAUUUUGGUGGUGGAGCCGCCAUCGUGUGAGAAAAUUCGCUUUUCCAUCCUCGCCAAAAUUUUCCCCGAACUCGCACAAGUGAGUCUGGGUUUCCCAGGAGCCUCCCCCACCCAAAAAGACACAAAAAUAGUCGAUAAUACUUAUCACGCAGAACAUUUUUCAAAUAAUUUUAACCUUAGUAAGAAAAACGUAUUCAUGGUAUAAAAAUAACGUUUCCAAGUUGUAUAGUUUUAAUACAGCCAAAAAAAGAAAAAAAUCCUUUAAACGGCUCUUUUAGGGUAGCCUUAGAUUUUUUUUUAAAAUCUUGACUCUGACCCUUCAUUUUCUCCUAAAAAGGUUUUUAUUUUUUACUUCCUCUAAAAAAGUAACAAAUUUCCAAGAAGACUAGUGAGACUGGUAGAAAUGGUAAUACCAGUAACAUGAGACCUCUUUGGCAGAACACCGGGGGCACUACCUUAUUUGGCCUAAACGGGUAUUCGCGGCUGAACAGGGUAUGGUUUUCAGGGUCUAAAGCUCUUAAACAGGGUAUGCAAUUUCGCUAUUUAGCGUCUUGAACAGGGUCUCUUCCUGGACCAGAAGUCUUUAAAAAGAAUGUGAAGGCUUGUAAUGAGCUGUCCACAUUUGUGGUACAAACAACGAUAUUUGUUUGAAAAACUACUUAUAUCUGUAAGUGAAACGUAAAGAAUCAGAAUUAGGUCUCUUGUCUUUAACAGGGUAUUGAAAUGAGUAUGCAAUUUAGUUUCUGUCUUAAACAGGGUCAGGGUUUGAGGGCCUCGGCGGCACAUCUCUACCCAAUGUUCCAUUUAAGUGCCCCCGCUUCGUGCAGGGGGGGAGAGAAUUAUACCUCGUAGGACUUUACCAAUAGGAAUUUGGCUGUUUUUGUUAAUUUUGUUAAUAGGGUGUUACUUUAGUGCUAAAAACUAUGAAUGUUGACAAUUGAGACAAAUCAUGGCAAACGAACAUUCCUUUGGUGCUUUAGUGCUAAAAACUAUGAGUGUUGACAAUAGAGACAAAUCAUGGCAAACGAACAUUCCUUUGGUUCCUGUUCCAAACAUAACGCAAUCGUUCGGGUGAUCGUUUUCAACUAAUGACCCACCACGAUCGACGCAUUAUUCCGGUAAUGGAAUCGUAACGACCCCUUUCACGAACGAAGUAGACGAAAGCAGACAGCCCGCUCUAACGAUCGAAAGAGAGUAAGCGUUUAUGAUCUAAAUGAUCUCGCAGACGUACAAGGAAGUGUACUUGCAAUCGUUGUUUGAUCCGGAUGUUUCCGCGAAACUAAUAAAGUCAUACCAAUAGACCCUUUCCGUCACACAAAAUUCUACACCACACACCAAACAGUUCACACCUCAAGACAGUGGCGAUACUUAUGUAUGCCGAGGCCAUGAAACUCAAUUAAUGCAUGGUGAACGAGUGGAUCUUAUCAGCAUAUACAAAGCUUCUUAUUAUGCAAAACUACGGCAAAUUAAAUUAAUCUGUGGUCAUGUUUAGCUUAAUAACCAACGCAAAAGUACUAACCUUACUUGUUCAAAAGAAUCCAAGGAAAUUCGAUCUUAAAUAAUGAAACAUGAGGUAUCACGAUGAAGGCGCGGAACUGCUCAAAUGGAAAGUGAAAGUGAUUCAACGCAAAUUGCCAUCAUGUGACCAUUAUUAAAGACCAUUAAAUACAGUACAGCCAUUGGACAUCACGCUAGUGUGAUCUCUUGGUCACACAUUUUUUGACAGUCACGCUAUAUGUAGAAAUUAUAUUUUAAGUGAGACCAAAAUCACUUCCGGCUAACAUUUGACGCUGGCCAUAUCUUCCUCUUGUAUUUCACAGAAUGAGGAAAGGAUACUUAGAUUUAAGAUAGGUAAGUAGGUGCUCGAAAGAAAACACCAGUCAGUCAAAACUUGAAUGAAGGGACUUAUUCCUUUUACAAAUUUAGCGUUAUACAUAACAUAGGCAUUGAUGACUCAUUAACAUCGAGGGUACAAAGUAUUUAAAAAGACCUUAAUUAAAAUCAUUUCACGUGAUUGUAGUGGUAACUAACAAAAUGUUCCAAGCCUUUUACUUAACGCUUUCAUAAGCGACCGCUCUCAUAAUAAGUUAAUUUCGAAGUGGUCGUUAAGUGACUAUAACCCUUAUUAAAUCGACACUUAAACGAUGUCCCGCGGAGAUCGCUUACAAGAGCCGAUUUUCUUAAAUGACCAGGCCCUAGUUGUUCAAAAGGUGGGUAACGCUUAGACUUGCUACAGGUCGACCUCUCAUAAGUUCUUAAAAGUGAGCGAAGCGAGCUUCAAUGCCUGAGGUCGUCCAUCGACCGAGAGAGCGACGACGUCUCCACGCCAUGACGUCACCGGUAGAAUUUUCGACCGGUGAAUUUCGCGCCAAACAGAUAUGAAAAGUCCUUUAAAAUGGCAUAACCAACCAAGAACUUCUUAGAAAGUCUAGAUAACGCUAUCCACCAGGUAAAUCAUAGCACAUUUAGUUUCCCUACCACUUAUCCGUUGGAUAGUGAUUUAUCCGGUGGAUAGCGCUAUCCAACGUUUGAACAACUGAGCAAGCCCUAGAUGCAACCACUUUCACAAUGUCCUGAGGUGAUGGCAAGACUCCAUACCAUACCCUGGUAAACCAUACCCUUUUUAGUAGCACAGAGAUGUUUAGGCGAAAUGAAGGAGUGGCCCUGGAGGGUGGCAAUCAGGUAAACUUACCUGAUAAUCACUGUGAAAAUUGCGUGUUUGUUUUAUUGAAGCUUCUUUAACGUUUCUGUGAACUUCAACCAUGAAGCUCUUUUUACUGUUAAUAUUGGCUGUUGGAGGCAAACAUUAAAAAGAAACGCACAUAUAUGUUUGCCCAGCUGUACUGCACAUCAGAGAUGCUUUUUCGAGUUUUUUUUUUAUUCACGGAGGA